AUGAACAACGGCUACAUCAGUGUUCCUCCCGAGCGGAUACGAAACAUCAGCAUCAUUGCGCAUAUUGACCAUGGGAAAAGCACGUUAGCAGACAGGCUUUUGGAGGUCACCGGUACGGUGUCCUCGCGGGACAUGAAGGACCAAUUCAUGGACAGCAACGACAUUGAACGCGACAGGGGAAUUACUAUCAAGCUCAACGCCGCCAGGAUGAAUUACAUUAACCCAGUAGAUGGGCUCAAUUAUGUCAUUCAUCUCAUCGAUACGCCGGGUCAUGUCGACUUCACCUUCGAGGUAUCUCGCUCCUUGGAAGCUUGUGAGGGUGCCUUACUUGUUGUCGACGCAUCGCAGGGGGUUGAGGCACAGACUUUGGCCAACGUGUACUUGGCAUUGGAUGCCAACCUUGAGAUGAUUCCAGUUUUGAAUAAGAUUGACUUACCGGGUGCUGAACCCGACCGCGUUGUGCGUGAAAUUGAGGAAGUUGUCGGCUUGGACUGCACCAAUGCAGUUAUGGCAUCUGCAAAAGCGGGAAUUGGUAUCGACGAAAUCCUUCAGGGUGUCAUUAACUACAUACCUCCGCCUCGAGCAAACUCUCACUUGCCUCUUCGAGCUCUAAUUUUUGAUUCUUAUUAUGAUCCGUACCGAGGCGUGGUUGUGUAUUUCAGAGUCGUUGAUGGCGAAAUACAUAAGGGCGAUAAAAUCAAGUUCAUGGUUACCAAGAAGGAGUUUUACGCUGAAGAGAUUGGGGUGAUGACCACAGAACAGCAACCUGUCCACGUCUUGAGGUCUGGGGAAAUCGGUUACAUUAUUGCGGGUAUCAAAACUGUUGAUGAUGCGCGUGUAGGCGAUACAAUCACAACCUCAGCGAAGGGAGCUGAUGAGGCGCUACCAGGUUACCAGGAAGCCAAGCCAAUGCUUUUCGCAGGCCUAUUCCCAGUUGAGAGCGACCAAUACAACCACCUGAAGGAUUCCCUCGAAAAGCUCAAGCUAAAUGAUGCUGCGCUGCAGUUUGAAGUUGAAAAUUCAGCCGCGAUGGGAUUCGGUUUCCGGUGUGGUUUUCUGGGACUGCUUCAUAUGGACGUCGUUCAAGAACGCCUUGAGCGGGAGUACGAUCUAGACAUUAUUACGACUGCCCCUUCCGUCGUGUAUUCCGUCAUGCCAACUAAAGGCGAGGAAUUCUUCCUCGACAACCCUGCAGACCUCCCAGAAGCAACGAAACGAGAAUUCAUUUCCGAGCCGUACUGCAAGCUGGAAAUUAUUACCCCUGAAGAAUACGUUGGGACGUUAAUGGAACUCGCACAAGGUCGACGGGGAGAAUAUGUUGACAUGAAGUAUCUGGUUCAGGGUCGUACAACUCUGGUCUAUGACCUUCCGCUGGCUGAGCUGGUUAACGACUUUUUCGACCAUCUCAAGUCUCGAACAAAGGGAUAUGCUUCCAUGGAGUAUUCGUUCAUAGGCUACCGCAAGAACGAUUUGGUGCGCCUUGACGUCGCCAUCAAUGGUGAGCCGGUGGACGCACUGUCGAGCAUCGUGCAUCAAGAAAAAUCAUACGCAGUUGGGAAGGCACUUGUAAAAAAGCUGAAGGAGAUUGUGCCUAGAGCACAAUUCAAAAUUCCUAUUCAGGCCAAAAUUGGAGCCAAGGUUGUCGCAAGCCAACAGAUAUCGGCGUUGAAGAAAGAUGUCACCGCAAAAUGUUAUGGAGGAGAUAUCUCGCGAAAGAAGAAACUGAUACAGAAGCAGGCGGCAGGAAAAAAGCGGAUGAAGGCCGUCGGAAAGGUGAAUGUACCGCAGGAAGCGUUCAAAGCAAUGCUCUCCAUCAACGAUAGUUGA